CUUCUACCCAGAAUACCAGGAUCUGUUGUAUCAGAGAUACAGUCAUCAGGGCUACCUGGGGUACCAGUGCCUGUGGAUUCUCCUUCAGGUGUCCAGUACAACAAAUUCUACGUACAGCAGAAUUUUGGGGAUGUGACAGUCAGGGGCGCCAGGAAUCUGAACUUUGGCGGAACCCAGAACAUUAGAGGAACACAGAACGAUGGUGCACCUCGGACCAACCAGGAAGAGGAGAAACACCUGACUGCAGCACAGAAGAUCAGGAAAAGAACAGAAUCCAGGAUACAGUCGUGGACUAAAGACAUGGUGGAGACAAAAGGCCUGCAGAAGGUGACAGACAAGCUAGACAGAGGAGCAACAUGGGUGACAAUUAAAGGAAGACCAGGAGAGGGGAAGUCUACAAUAGCCUACAUGGCUCUCAAAGAUCAGCACACUCAGGGGAGACAAGUGUAUCAGGUUGUGUCACCGGAGGAGUUCAAUGAGGUCAUAACGGCCAGCAUUGACCCUGUCAUUAUGUUAGAUGACAUAUUUGGUGAUCUGGAAUUUGAUGUAGCAGAAUGGGCCAAGUGGAGACCAAGUCUACAACCUGUUGUGGAUGUGAAAGAUCCUGAUAAAUAUACAGAAAAGGAUCCCAUAGACAAGUCCACUAAUAUCAAUAAUGGUUUAAAGAGAACAAAAGAUGAGCAAACAGAGCUGAAAAGAACAGCGCCUAACAAAGACCAAACUAUCAUUAUCCUCGUAGGCCGUGACUAUGUGCUGAAAUCCUCACUGGCAGACUUGGGAAAGAUGGCAGAUUACAUAUCUAGUCCCCUCUAUGUGGUGGAAGUUUCUUCUCAGAGAGACUCUUAUGAACGAAGGAAGAUUUGGCAUGUUCAUGUCAAAACAAAGACAAAGAUGGACUUUGAUGAGUCAACUGUGUCUCAGAUAUGUCAGGCUGACUGUCCACACGGCUUUCCCCAUGUAUGUAAAAUGUUUGUCACGACAUAUGGAAAGGAUCAGACUCAGCUUUCAGCAGAGACUGUUUUAGAUUUUUUUAAAAUGCCUCUUGUGUUCCUCAAAAAGACUUUGGAUAAAUUUCUUAAGGAUAAGAUAAAGCGUUCACUGUUCAUGGCUAUGAUUAAAAGAGAUGGGAAGAUUAGUGGACAGGAGUUGGAGGAGAAUGGUUAUCUUGCGUAUGAAAGCAUAACAGCUGCUGAUGAUUUGGUUGGAUCUUAUCUCAAGAAGGAAGAUGACACAUACAUGUUUGACCAUCCCUCUAUAUAUGACAGUAUUGCUUUAAUACUCAGUACAAAACAAUCAAAGUUUGUCAUCGAAAAUUGUAGUUUGUCAUUCAUCCAUCAGCGACUUCGUCUUAAACCAUCCACAAGAUUAGGGGAAAAUGUUCCUAGUGAGACAGGUCUUGUUGCAAACAUCUCAUGGACCUUUGCUGGACAUUUAGCCAGAAGAUUUGCAACUGAAAUUGAGAGAGGCAAUUUCUUGCAUGUCUUAUCGCACGAGGCAUGUUGUAAUUCAAAGUUUAUUGACUUGCUCAUGGACUGUCUGAAGACAAACUGUCACAUGUCUGUUCCUGAUAUUCUGAAACUAGCUGAUAAUUCUUCAAGACAAUACGUUUUAAGCGACAAGUCACAUUCAUUUUGUGAAUUGCUUUCAAGCAAUAAGUCACAUCAUCUGAUCAAAUUUAUUAUGGAGAAAGAAAACAUAUCAUUCAGCCAAAAUGAAAAAAGGGACAUUUUACUUGGGGUGUGCAAGAAUGCUGCUUGUAGUGUAUUGACCUACAUCAGUGAACACAUGAAGCUUGACAUGGAUGCUCGAUAUGGUCGGCUUAAUGUAACUCCGAUCAUGUUAGCAGCGGAAACCAAAAACAGUGAGUUUGUCGAUCAGAUUCUGGCCCUUGCCCCUGACCUGAAUGCAUGCGAUAAACUAGGAAAUACUGUCUUUCAUUACCUUUGCAAGUAUGGCCUUACAUCAGCCGUGGAACAAGCAAUUAACACGGGUGUGGAUGUCAAUGUGCAUCGUGUAAAUGGUGCCCUUUUGUACCUUGCCAUAAAAAAUGGUCACUUAGGGGUGGUGAAACUGCUGGUGAAAACAGGAUUUCAUCUGGAUAACCAGAAAGGUCUUAGAAUUGCUUUCAUGAGCCAGAACAAGGACAUGGUAGACUUUCUUUUAGACAGAGGAGCACAGGUUGAUGGUGAUGCUGUAAACAGUGCUUGUAAGGUGGGGAACUUGACUAUGGUCAAAAUGUUAUUUGAGAAGGGUGCUACUGUUAACAUGAUGUCAUCUAAUGGAGACACUCCUCUUCACAGCUCAUGUAGACGACACUCAGAUGUUAUGUCAUUUCUGCUGGCGAAAGGAGCAAGUGUGAAUCAACUUUCAUCUGAUACAGGUGACGCACCACUUCAUACAGCAGCACAUCGGGGAUAUACAGUGUAUGUCAAUGUGUUACUGAAGGCUGGGGCUGAUGUGAAUGUACAGAAUAAGACAGGUGACACACCACUUCAUACAGCAGCACAUCGGGGAUAUACAGUGUGUGUCGAUGUGUUACUGAAGGCUGGGGCUGAUGUGAAUGUACAGAAAAAUACAGGUGACACGCCACUUCAUACAGCAGCACAUCGGGGAUAUACAGUGUGUGUCGAUGUGUUACUGAAGGCAGGAGCUGAUGUGAAUGUACAGAAAAAUACAGGUGACACGCCACUUCAUACAGCAGCAGGAAGGUGGGGAUCUGCAGAGUGUGUUGUAGUGUUACUGAAGGCUGGGGCUGAUGUGAAUGAACAGAAUAAGACAGGUGACACACCACUUCAUACAGCAGCAGCAGGGUGGGGAUGUGCAAUGGCUGUUGAAGUGUUACUGAAGGCUGGGCCUGAUGUGAAUGUACAGAAUAAUACAGGUGACACACCACUUCAUACAGCAGCAUUUUUUGGAUCUAAAAACUGUGUUGAAGUGUUACUGAAGGGUGGGGCUGAUGUGAAUGUACAGAAUAAGAUAGGUGACACACCACUUCAUACAGCAGUAGCAGGGUGGGGAUCUGCAAUGUGUGUUGAAAUGUUACUGAAGGCUGGGGCUGAUGUGAAUGUACAGAAUAAGACAGGUGACACAACACUUCAUACAGCAGCAGCAGCAUGGUUGGGAUCUGCAGAGUGUGUUGAAAUGUUACUGAAGGGUGGGGCUGAUGUGAAUGUACAGAAUAAUAGAGGUGACACACCACUUCAUACAGCAGCAGACAGUGGAUCUACAGAGUUAAUUGAAGUGUUACUGAAGGCUGGGGCUGAUGUGAAUGUACAGAAUAAUACAAGUGACACACCACUUCAUACAGCAGCAGACAGUGGAUCUACAGAGUGUAUUGAAGUGUUACUGAAGGCUAGGGCUGAUGUGAAUGUACAGAAUAAGACAGGUGACACACCACUUCAUACAGCAGCAGCAGAUGAGGAAUAUACAGUGUGUGUCAAUGUGUUACUGAAGGCAGGGGCUGAUGUGAAUGUACAAAAUAAUACAGGUGACACACCACUUCAUACAGCUGCAGACAGUGGAUCUACAGAGUGUAUUGAAGUGUUACUGGAGGCUGGAGCUGAUAUGAAUGUACAGAAUAAGACAGGUGACACACCACUUCAUACAGCAGCAAAGAGUGGAUCUACAGAGUGUAUUGAAGUGUUACUGGAGGCUGGAGCUGAUAUGAAUGUACAGAAUAAGACAGGUGACACACCACUACUGAAGGCUGGAGCUGAUGUGUCACACACCACUUUGAGGAAAAGCAAUGAUGAGGACAACCCGCCUGGAACCACUGAUGGAUCAGGCAGUACUUCGGAGGAUGCAGGAAAUAAAGAUGUUGAUGAAGAGAGUGCUGACGAAUGUUUGUUUCGUGACUUGACAGAUGAAGAAGAGGGAGAUAAAAUCGAAGAUAUGUAUCAACUUGGAGCAUGUGCUACAAAGGUCAAAUUCCAGACUGUUCAACAACAGUCGUACCAACUUGUAGGUAAAGUCCCCGAAACAACUGUUGUACAAGUCCCGGGAACAGCAGCACUGACACCAGCGUCCACAUCCUCUCUUCUACCCAGAAUACCAGGAUCUGUUGUAUCAGAGAUACAGUCAUCAGGGCUACCUGGGGUACCAGUGCCUGUGGAUUCUCCCGCAGUUGUCCAGUACAACAAUUUCUACGUACGGCAGAAUUUUGAGGAUGUGACAGUCAGGGGCGCCAGGAAUCUGAACUUUGGCGGAACCCAGAACAUUAGAGGAACACAGAACGAUGGUGCACCUCGGACCAACCAGGAAGAGGAGAAACAACUGACUGCAGCACAGAAGAUCAGGAAAAGAACGGAAUCCAGGAUACAGUCGUGGACUAAAGACAUGGUGGAGACAGAAGGCCUGCAGAAGGUGACAGACAAGCUAGACAGAGGAGCAACAUGGGUGACACUUAAAGGAAGGCCAGGAGAGGGGAAGUCUACAAUAGCCUACAUGGCUCUCAAAGAUCAGCACACUCAGGGGAGACAAGUGUAUCAGGUGGUGUCACCGGAGGAGUUCAAUGAGGUCAUAUCGGCCAGCACUAACCCUGUCAUUAUGUUAGAUGACAUAUUUGGUGAUCUGGAAUUUGAUGUAGCAGAAUGGGCCAAGUGGAGACCAAGUCUACUACCUGUUGUGGAUGUGAAAGAUCCUGAUAAAUAUACAGAAAAAGAUUCCAUAGACAAGUCCACUAAUAUAAAAAAUGGUUUAAAGAGAACAAAAGAUGAGCAAACAGAGCUGAAAAGAACAGCGCCUAACAAAGACCAAACUAUCAUUAUCUUCGUAGGCCGUGACUAUCUGCUGAAAUCCUCAUUGGCAGAUUUGGGAAAGAUGGCAGAUUACAUAUCUAGUCCCCUGUAUGUGGUGGAAGUUUCUUCUCAGAGAGACUCUAAUGAACGAAGGAAGAUUUGGCAUGUUCAUGUCAAAACAAAGACAAAGAUGGACUUUGAUGAGUCAACUGUGUCUCAGAUAUGUCAGGCUGACUGUCCACACGGCUUUCCCCAUGUAUGUAAAAUGUUUGUCGCGACAUAUGGAAAGGAUCAGCCGCAACCUUCAGCAGAGACUGUUUUAGAUUUUUUUAAAAUGCCUCUUGUGUUCCUCAAAAAGACUUUGGAUAAAUUUCUUAAGGAUAAGAUAAAGCGUUCACUGUUCAUGGCUAUGAUUAAAAGAGAUGGGAAGGUUAGUGGACAGGAGUUGGAGGAGGAUGAUAAUCUUGCGUAUGAAAGCAUCACAGCUGCUGAUGAUUUGGCAUGUUGUAAUUCAAAGUUUAUUGACUUGUUCAUGGACUGUCUGAAGACACACUGUCACAUGUCUGUUCCUGAUAUUCUGAAACUAGCUGAUAAUUCUUCAAGACAAUCAUAUUUGGAAUUGCUUUCAAGCAACAAGUCACAUCAUCUGAUCAAAUUUAUCAUGGAGAAAGAAAACAUAUCAUUCAGCCAAAGUGAAAUGCGUGACAUUUUACUUGGGGUGUGCAAGAAUGCUGCUUGUAGUGUAUUGACCUACAUCAGUGAACACAUGAAGCUUGACAUAGAUGCUAGAUAUGGUCGGCAUAAUGUAACUCCGAUCAUGUUAGCAGCAGAAACCAAAGACAGCGUGUUUGUCGAUCAGAUUCUGGCCCUUGACCCUGACCUGAAUGCAAGCGAUUGUACAGGACAGACUGUCUUUCAUUACCUUUGCAAGUAUGGCCUUACAUCAGCUGUGGAACAAGCAAUUAACACGGGUGUGGAUGUCAACGUGCAUCGUGUAAAUGGUGACCCUUUGUACCUUGCCAUACAAAAUGGUCACUUAGGGGUGGUGAAACUGCUGGUGAAAACAGGAUUUGAUCUGGAUAACCAGAAAGGUCUUAGAUUUGCUUCCAUGAGCCAGAACAAGGACAUGGUAGACUUUCUUUUAGACAGAGGAGCACAGGUUGAUGGUGAUGCUGUAAACAGUGUUUGUGAGGUGGGGAACUUGACUAUGGUCAAAAUGUUAUUUGAGAAGGGUGCUACUGUUAACAUGAUGUCAUCUAAUGGACACACUCCCCUUCACAGCUCAUGUAGACGACACUCAGAUGUUAUGUCAUUUCUGCUGGCGAAAGGAGCAAAUGUGAAUCAACUCUCAUCUGAUACAGGUGACACACCACUUCAUACAGCAGCAUAUCAGGGAUAUACAGUGUGUGUCAAUGUGUUACUGAAGGCCGGGGCUGAUGUGAAUGUACAGAAUCAGACAGGUGACACACCACUUCAUACAGCAGCAGACAGUGGAUCUACAGAGUGUAUUGAAGUGUUACUUAAGGCUGGGGCUGAUGUGAAUGUACAGAAUAAGAGAGGUUACACACCACUUCAUACAGCAGCAUUGUUUAGAUCUACAGAGUGUGUUGAAGUGUUACUGAAGGGUGGGGCUGAUGUGAAUGUACAGAAUAAGAGAGGUGACACGCCACUUCAUACAGCAGCAUUGUUUAGAUCUACAGAGUAUGUUGAAGUGUUACUGAAGGGUGGGGCUGAUGUGAAUGUACAGAAUAAUACAGGUGACACACCACUUCAUAAAGCAGCAGACAGUGGAUCUACAGAGUGUAUUGAAGUGUUACUGAAGGCUGGGGCUGAUGUGAAUGAGGAGAAUAAGACAGGUGACACACCACUUCAUACAGCAGCAAUGUGGGGAUCUGCAGAGUGUGUUGAAGUGUUACUGAAGGCUGGGGCUGAUGUGAAUGUACAGAAUAAGACAGGUGACACGCCAUUUUCAUACAGCAGCAUUGUUUAGAUCUACAGAGUGCGUAGAAGUGUUACUGAAGGCUGGGGCUGAUGUGAAUGUACAGAAUAAGAGAGGUGUCACGCCACUUCAUAAAGCAGCAGAGAGGGGAUCUACAGAGUG